UCACGAGCACAAAUAAGUUGCUUCAACUGCGACUGUACAGCACAAUCAUAUGUUUGCCAGUGUUAUGUCCAUUCGCGUGUAUAUAUUGUUGAUCAACAAUCCAAGCUAUCUUUCAUAUACAUGAUAUCACACAAAAUCCAAGUUAUCAAUUGUUACUAAACAAUGAAUAACACAAAACGAACGAUAUACGUAGGUGGCCUUGCGGAGGAAGUUGACGAAAAAGUACUCCACGCAGCAUUCAUUCCUUUUGGAGAAAUUGUUGAUGUCCAAAUCCCUUUGGAUUAUGAGUCAGAAAAACAUCGUGGUUUUGCAUUCAUAGAGUUUGAAGUUGCUGAAGAUGCAGCUGCAGCAAUAGAUAAUAUGAAUGAUUCAGAAUUGUUUGGCAGAACGAUAAGAGUUAACAUUGCAAAACCACAAAAGAUAAAAGAGGGAUCCUCGAAGCCAGUGUGGGCGGAUGAUGUUUGGCUGCAGGAGCAUGCCGGAGAAACACUUACGACAGACGAAUCUGGAACGGGUGCGGCAACCACUGCAACAAAUGAAACACCACCACAAAAGAAAAGUAAACAGAAUCCACAGGUUUACCUGGAUAUAAGUAUCGGGAAGCAAGAAUUGGGCAGGAUAAUAAUCAUGUUGAGGACUGAUAUUGCUCCAAAAACUGCUGAGAAUUUUCGAUGCCUCUGCACCCAUGAGAAAGGCUUCGGUUACCAAGGCAGUAUUUUCCAUCGAAUUAUUCCAGAUUUUAUGUGUCAGGGUGGCGAUUUCACGAAUCACAAUGGAACUGGUGGGAAAUCAAUUUAUGGUAAUAAAUUCGAAGAUGAAAAUUUUGAGCUCAAGCAUACAGGUCCAGGAACUGUAUCAAUGGCGAAUUCGGGACCAAAUACGAACGGCUCCCAAUUCUUUCUGUGUACCGCACGUACAGAUUGGCUCGAUGGAAAACACGUAGUUUUUGGUCACAUCAUAAGCGGUCUUGAUGUGCUUAAAAAGAUGGAAAAGUGCGGUAGCAAAUCAGGGACACCCUCACAAAAAGUUGUUAUCAGCGCGUGUGGCGAAUUGUCUUGAUGAUUAAUUAUAUUUAUAACUAUUUAAUUGUACAUCAAGCUCGACUGUAUUUUUUAACUGAGUGAGUAAAACUAAUUAAUAACCAA